ACUUAAUUUUACUCUUUAGUAAUAGUAAACGUAAAGAGCUUUAAGUAAACGUAAACUUUAAGCUCUUAAUUCAAUAAGUAAACUAUCAGUAAGUUGAUAACUAAAAAAAAAACUUUUUGCGGUAAGUAUAAAUAAAACGCAGUCUGGUUUUGUUCAAGUUGAUUUUGAUUAUUUUUUUCUGUUUUGGUUAUGUUCAUAUCAGUCUUCAAUUUGUUUCUGUUCAGUUCCCACUUUAGCAGUCAUAUUUUCCUCACUUUGAUUCUCAUAAUAAUAUGGUUUUUCACUCUGAAUAUCAAUUCGAUUUUUACCCGCCCAAAGUGAUCUUCACGUCUUCGUGAGAAAUCGAGAGACUCCAGAAUAGCUCAAAAUCGCGAAAAUCGAAUUCGGGAUGUUGAUUUUAGACAAGAAUACGAACAUUCGUUUCGAAAAUAGGCACCGACAGAUACAUUACCUAAAUGUAAAAAGUAUCGAUAUAGCUAACGAAAAUUACAAUCGCAAACAGAACGAAUAAAAAGCAUUAAAAAUACACACUUUCCAUUUUACAUGAAACAGCAACACAUAUGUCAGCCUAUAAUCAUCAACAUCAACAUGACAAUCCCACCUUCUGCCUCGUAAAAAAGGUAGGUACUCCUUUUUAAUAAAAUAAAAACCAACCUCGUAUACCUAUUUCAACUCUUCAGCCAGUUCAACUAUUAGGAAAAUGUCUCACGUAAAGCUUCACAAAAUAAUCACGAAAUUUAUUUCAAAAAAAUCUCGCGAUGUUUCCAAUUUUAAAAAAGUAUUUUCUAUUUUCGUUUCAAUAUUUAUAGUUUGGAUAGGAAUCUGGAAAAUUCAAACCGACAUGAAACACGUUUUUACCGAAACAUCUUUAAACAGUGCAUUAUGGCUGGAGAUAAUCGAAAGUUUAGAUAUACUGAUUUUUAUUACGAUGGUAAUCGUGGUCAGUUUGGAGAACAUGAUCAAGGUGAAAAAUAAAUGCGAUAAAAUGGAGGAGAUGAAUUUCAUUCUGAAUGACGAACUAGAUAAUACAGGAUUUUAUACAGCUUUACUGUUUUACGGUGCUCUCGUGAGUAUUAUAGGGUUUCAGCAUUUAUUCGCUAAUAAGAACACAGAUUACGUGCAGUUUUUCCUAUCGUUAUCGACCCAGUACUAUUUACUCAGCACUGAAUUAGAUUUCAUUAAUGUAACUAUCGAAAUUACUUCUUACUUCAGAAGUAUUCACAGUUUGCUGAAAGAAUUACUCGGUGCGCCUAAACCGCUGUGUUGGAUUGGAUAUGAAAUCAAAAGAAAUAAAGUUUUCCACAUCGAAGACUGCAGUAAUUUGCACUGGAUUGUCUGCAAAUACGUUGAUAAAAUUAACCAAGAGUACAGCUUACGAUUACUAUCGUUGAUAAUUUGUAUUUUCUAUAAAUUAAUGUUCAUACCGUAUUUAUCAUCGUUGAAUUUAAUCAAAGCUUACUCUGAGAAUUUGAUCAAGGAGCUUCUCCAUACCAGUUUGCUACUGUUUCAUUUUGCUGAGUUGUUGGUGUUAGCUUGCUCGGCGGAUUUGACCAAUAGCGAAGCUAAAAAAACACAAUACGUAUUAUGUGAAUACGCAGAAUACCACUUGAGAGACGCAGACAUAGAUAUUAUAGAAACACAACAAACAAACUUAUGCAUCCAUAAAGCUGAGUUCAAGGUGUUUAAUACAUUCAAAUUGAAUAAAGCUACUGUUUUAUUGGUAAGUAAUGGUUAAUGGAUCCAAUUAUUUCCAUCAUAUCCAUUGAUUCGAUAAUACGUGAUCUUCAUUUGACAGAUUUUCGGAACAGUUGUCACGUAUUUGGCGAUUUUCAUUCAGUUACAAGAUGUUUUAAAUAUUUCACAGAUGUUUUCUUCGAUAAACUAACCAGAAUUAUUUUCCAUGUUUACUCGAAUAGAAACGAACUCCGUUGUUGUUCGAUGCUCUGGCGUACUUCAUCAAAAUCAUA